AUAAAAAAAAAUAACAAAAGAAUUAGUAAUAAAAAUUUUUAGGAAAUCUUGAAGAUUUUGUGGGAUAAUGUGCUGUAAACUUGUAAUAAAUUUAAUUUUUAUAUAAGUAUAAUAUUAAUAAGAAAACAUAAAUAAAUAUGGAUUAUAUUAACAAUUUAAAAAAUUUCGGGAAGUACGUACCUAUGUAAAUAAAUACCUACAUAUAUGUAUGUAGCUUCCUAGAUAAACUCAAAUAACUUCUUUUAUAAUGCGGUCGGCCUUGUUUUUGGAGAAAUUAUUUGCCGGUUAAUAAAUGCAAUUUGCGAAUAUUUUAUAUAUCACAAGCAUUAUGAACCAAAACAUACAUUUUCUACAAUGAUGAAAACUACAUUUGAUUUCCAAAAGAGAACGUUAUUAGUUUCCUUUUUUCUUGUAAUUUUAUUUUCGCAUUUAUGGAAUAAUUCCAAUUUUAUAGAUGAAUUGUUAAAAAAAAGGGAAUUAAUGAUUUCAUAUGUCAUUUUAAUGAAAUUAAAUCUGCAUAAGUCAGCUUUAUUGGACGCAGCUGAGUGGAUAAGAUCGGGUUCAGGUGUGGAUUAUGCAUCUGGAAUGGCUUCCAACUACUUUAAUGGCUACAUUCGGUUACAACUUCCCUACAAAGGUGAUGCAAAAAAAGGAAUUAUUGAAAGAUGUGAGGAAUACGAAGGUAAACACGGUGUAACGUUUGCAGCGAAAAAGUUAUUUAUUCUAAUCCCACAAUCUAUGCACAUAGAACCUGCUUUUCAAAGUAAAUUGCUUAAUCGAGCUUUGUCUUUGGAGACUGUUGUAAGACACAGAGCCGGAGUCGAAAGGCCAUUUAAAAAUGAUGUAUAUUCAAUAAUAGCAGAAAGAGUUUUGAUUCUUGACGAGGAUGGAACAAAAAUUAAAGUUAAACAGAAAUAUUAUAUAGCACUUGAGGGGGCUACUCCUAUGCUAAGUUUUUAUGAUUCCUGCGAAAGUAAUGUUACCUCAUCUGAUUUAAUGAAAAAGAUGAAAAGGGAAAUCCUAUUACAAUUUUAUAAAAGCAUUAAAAAAUAUUGCUUAGAAUGUCCAGAAACGCAAAACGAAGUGGAUUUCAUAUAUUACAACGAUUGCGAACCUGACAGAAGUCGUAAAGAUAUAGGUGAAGUUGUAAGGAAGUAUCUUGAAGAUAAAGUUAUAAAUAGCAAUUAAAAUAAAUUAGCUUGUGAUAAUAAAUUUCAAAGUUAAGAUUAAUUAUUGUAGCCAUUAUUAUUAUAAUCAAAAAAAAAAUCACAAAUCUUUUUUUUCA